AUGUCAUUUUCUUCAUUUAGAACUUCUAUCCUUUAUAACAAAAAGACAGCCCAUUCGGUAAUCCAUCAGCCAGUACAAACUGCGAACCCCGGCCGGACAAUACACUCAGAGACCUCUCGUGAUCUCUACACGCAUGAUCCUUCGAGGUUCCCGCACGCCUCCCCUGAUCUUGUUAAACGCAGUUCCAACCCCCGAAAUAACAAUUCUGUUCCAGAGACACCAUCUGGGAAUACAACAGCUCCGCUAGUGCUGCCCCAGACAGAAAAGGCCCUGGCCAAGGACUGGAAAUACGAGAAAGGUUCUAUUGCUGCAUCAGGCAUCUUCAGUGCAGUCGCUCUUGCUGCCCUUAUUCUCCUAACUGUGAUGAUGGUCAAGAAAUUCCGUCGACGGCAGAGACGUAAGAGGGAAGGCGAUAACGAUCCACUAGAAGAGGCGCGACGGAGGAGAGAGAGCUUGAUGUUCUGCAAGAAUACCUCUGCUCGGUCAUAUAUGGUCGAAGAGCAGAACGACGGCCAAGUCGUCCGCGUUUUCUGUACAAGUCGCAAUAAGCCUCAUCCCUCUAUCGUCGACGCUCCCGCCCAGAAAAUCAAAUCUGCCGCAAUGACCAUAAAAACGGGGGCUUCACGCCAUUUUGGGGUGUUGGGCGAUGCUGACAGUGGCCGCUCUGGCUCGAUCGCGAAGCAGAUUGUCGUUGUUCCUUCUCCCUUAAGGUCUGUUGUUUCUCGGACAGCCGUUCCUGGUCCUCAAGAUGGGCCGACUUUAGGAACUGAGAUACCCCAUAUGCCUGCUGCACCGGCUGGUCUCAGGUAUCCGGAACUGGACCGGGAUACCACCGAAGCAGAGGUUACGCCAUCCCAGAGUUUCAGAAUGUCGCUAUUUCGACUGCCAUCAAUCAAACCAAGCAAUUCUCCUCUGUUCAGCUUUUGA